CAGCAGAUUCGUGGCGUAACAAAUCGUUAAGCGAGAGGCUCCAGUUUGAUAGCAAGUUUAGCUAUAAAACUGCCCUUACAAUAGCUGUAAAGGGAAUAUCAGUCAACGUUUUCUCAAUGAAUGGACUGUGAAGUACCAUCACAUUUGAAGUAAGUUUAGAUUUACUUACAAAACACGAUAACAGCUGGUUGAACAUUGCCCACGAGUCGUGUCCAGCGGGAGUUUUUGAACACACGGACAGCGAGGUUGAGGCGAUUUGGUUUAUGGAACGUGCCAGUUCAGGAAAAAAAUGUAGCUAGCUAACUUAACGUUAGCUAUUAGGCUAUACACAUAUCGCGUGUCCUUUUGUUUUAGCUCGGAAGGAUCAAGCUGUGUUUAUGCAGCUGGCGUGGAAGACACCGGCAGGAGGAGAAAACAGUGGUGAAAAGCGACAGUGAUAACCCGAAAAACAUCUCACCACCAGACACCGGAUAUUAGUAAUCCUCUGUCUGAAGGCGGUCUGUCUCUGGUUUGGACUCCAUCCCACUCCCUUCUCAAGGGUCAACUGUGGGACAGCAACACCUUCAGGCUGCUCCUGCAGUGAGUCCGUAUCAUGGAGGCAGGCAGCGUGGCUGCUGCAGCAGUGGGGAGUGCAGCUCUAGGACUGCUCGGCGCCGCGGAAGCAGCCAGCCAUGACAUCUCCGACAGGGGCCUGAGGCCAGGGCGUCACCCAGAGGAGGACGACAUAGUGCCUGAGCUGGCCCGCCUGGUCUACCCCCGAGAGAGACCUGACUGGGAGGAGACCAUCAGCGCCAUGGCGCGGAGUGCUGAGGUCCCCGAGCUGAGCACCGAGCCCCUCCUGCGCUCCUGCAGCAGCACGGCCAGCAUGAAGGUCAAGAACGUCAAGAAAUUGUCCUUUACCAAAGGCCACUUCCCCAAGCUGGCCGAGUGCGCCCACUUCCACUACGAGAACGUGGACUUUGGCGCCAUCCAGCUUUCACUCGCGGAUGAACAGAGCGAAGUGACACGGAAUGGCUUUGAGUCCAAAGAGCUGCAGUACUUGGUCCAGAUCUACUGCCAGGGCCGGAACUGGAUUGUGAAGCGCAGCUAUGAAGAUUUUCGUGUCCUGGAUAAGCACCUGCACCUCUGCAUAUAUGACCGCCGAUUCUCGCAGCUGCCGGAGCUGCCUCGAUUCGACAGUCUGAGUGAUCGCGCCGAGGCAGUUUCCCAGAUGCUGAUGGCUUACCUCUCCCGCCUCACAGCUAUCGCUGACAACAAGAUCAACUGUGGGCCUGCCCUCACAUGGAUGGAGGUUGAUAACAAAGGCAACCACUUACUGGUCCACGAGGAGUCCUCCAUCAACGUGCCCGCCAUCGCCGCCGCCCACGUCAUCAAACGCUACAUCGCCCAGGCCGCCGACGAGCUCUCCUUUGAGGUUGGGGACAUCGUGUCUGUUAUUGACAUGCCCCCCAAAGAGGACACCACGUGGUGGAGGGGCAAGCACGGCUUUCAGGUUGGCUUCUUUCCCAGUGAGUGUGUGGAGCUGAUAAACGACAAGGUGCCGCAGUCCGUCACCAACUCGGUGCCAAAACCAGCAUCCCCCUGCUCGGGUCUGCGGCCUGCCUCCUGGAGUCUCUUCCCACCCUAUUUGGAGAUGGAGAGUGUAAAGCAGGACAAUGCAUGGGUGGCCGACCCAUUAAACCACUACAGCCUGAGCUCAGUGUCUAAAAAGCACGGGAAGCUGAUCACGUUCCUGCGCACCUUCAUGAAGUCCCGGCCCACCAAGCAGAAGCUGAAGCAGAGGGGAAUCCUCCGGGAGAGGGUGUUUGGCUGUGACCUGGGAGAGCACCUCCUCAACUCGGGCCACGAUGUUCCCCAGGUACUCAAGAGCUGCACGGAGUUCAUCGAGAAACAUGGCGUGGUGGACGGCAUGUACCGCCUCUCUGGAAUCGCCUCCAACAUCCAGAAACUACGGCAUGAGUUUGACUCGGAGCAGAUCCCCGACCUGACCAAAGACGUGUACAUCCAGGACAUCCACUGCGUGGGCUCAUUGUGCAAGCUCUACUUCCGCGAGUUGCCCAACCCCCUGCUCACCUAUCAGCUCUACGAGAAAUUCUCCGAGGCCGUGUCAGCAGCCACAGACGAGGAGCGGCUUAUCAAAAUACAUGAUGUCAUUCAGCAGCUGCCGCCUCCGCAUUACAGGACUCUGGAGUUCCUCAUGAGGCACCUGUCCCAACUGGCCACCUUCAGCUACAUCACCAACAUGCACAGCAAGAACCUGGCCAUCGUCUGGGCCCCCAACCUAUUGAGGUCCAAGCAGAUAGAGUCGGCCUGCUUCAGCGGCACGGCAGCCUUCAUGGAGGUCCGCAUCCAGUCGGUGGUGGUGGAGUUCAUACUGAACCAUGUAGACGUCCUCUUCAGCCCCAAGCUCAGCUCGCUCAUACGGGAGGGAGCAGGACACAACUCGUUGUUGCGGCCCAAGUCCCUGCUGGUGUCGUCCCCCUCCACCAAGCUGCUGACCCUGGAGGAGGCCCAGGCCCGGACCCAGGCACAGAUCAACUCCCCCGUCACGGCCGAUAGCAAGUACAUUGAGGUGGGGGAGGGUCCGGCUGCGCUGCAGGGCAAGUUCCACACCGUCAUCGAGUUCCCUAUGGAGAGGAAAAGGCCCCCCAUCAAGUCCAAGAAGUCGCCGGUGGGAAACUGGCGCUCCUUCUUCAACCUGGGCAAGUCAUCGUCUAUGUCCAAGCGCAAGCUGCACCGCAACCCCAGCGAACCCAGUGAGCUCAAGGCCAUGGCCCUGGCAGGAGGCAGAGGGGACACGGGGACACUGCGAUCGGCCAAAAGCGAGGAGUCGCUCACCUCGCUACACAACGUUGAAGGAGAGUCGAAGGUGUACCGUCCUCGGCGGCCCCGCUCCAGCAGCGAUGCCCUCUCGGCUUCCUUCAACGGUGACCUGCUGGACAGCCACACCCAGCAGCACUGCAACUCGGAUGACAAUCUGGCCCAGAGCCACAGCGGGGGCGCCACCCGCGGCGGGGGGGACAGCGAUGGGGACGACGGGCCCAUCUAUGUUCCAGCCCUGAUUUCGCCCCCACGUUUAGCCGGCGAGGACGUGGACCUUAGCCCCCCAGACAUCGGCAUGGCCUCGUUGGACUUUGACCCCAUGUCGUUCCAGUGCAGCCUGCCCGACGGCUCCUUCUCCUUCCCCCUGGGACUGAGCGAUGUCGCUACGGGCGCGACUGGUGAGGGCACCAGCCCGAAGAGGAGCCCAGGCAGCAUUGACAACGGCUCGGCGCUCGUCUCUCCUUCCUUCCUGGGGAAGUUUGCCAACCCCUUCUUGUCGCCUGACCUCAGCCCGGCCACGGGAGAGAAAGCAGGGAGCAAGAAGCUGGUCUGCUCAGUGUCUUUCUCUGACAAACCCGUACAGGCUGUAUCCCCUAAAAGGUCAAAGUCGGACAUUUUGGCUCCUCUGGCCAUUUCGGAGCCGUUUGACAUAGAGAUUUCUAGUAGGCUUACAGAAAGCCAUGGUGUUCCCCAGCCUUCUUCCCCUCCCUCGGGACUGCCCUGGGACUCUCCUCUGUUAAUGGGCUCAGUGUUGCUGAGGACAGGGGAGCCGUCGCUGAGCGAGGCCUUUCAGAUGGAGCUGCACUGUAAGCUCUCUGCCUUCGAUAUUGAGAGCCAAGACUCCACAGGGGAGGAGAGCACUGCCCAGCAACCUCCAGCAACCAAUAGCGAGGAACAAUUAGGAGCCGUAGCUAGUCUGGACUCUCCAAAAGCCUCCCCCAGCCCUCUCAGCUCCUCCUCUGUGUCCCUCCCCUCCCCGCCCCAUCCGAAGAACGCCGCCCGCAUGUUGGCCCUGGCCCUGGCAGAGUCCGCCCAGCAGGCCUCUAUCCUGACCCAGAAGAGGCCCUCCCAGUCCCAGCCCCCCACGCCAGUGUCCCCCAUUAGACCCCUGGAGCCCUCACACUCCCUGGACUGGCCCCCUCCCCCAGUUCUGCGCCCCCAGAUGUCCCUCGAGGAGGGACCCAGGGCAGGAGAAGCCCAGACCAAAACCUUAACCCCCACCACCCCAAACCUUGCCCCUUCCUCCCCUCCCCCUUCCACCACCCCUACUGACAAACAGCCUUGCCAGUCAGUGAGCCAUGAGUCCAUCAGUAUGUCCACCAGUGCAAAGUCCCCCUCCACUUCUCCCGGAGCCAACCAGGAUAUGGAUUUCACCCUACCGGCUUCCCCCCACCACCAGUGUACCACCACUCCCUACUGCCCUCCAGCCCAUGUGUCCCCCACUCUGAGGAGUCCAGACAGGCAGCAGCCCGCCAUGGGCCAGGUCGCGGUCAGCAGCACUGGAUUCUCCACCACCACCCCAGCCACCACUCCCAGGAGCAAGGAGACGGGUGUCCUGCCACAGCCUGCUCCUGAGGUCCAUGUAGAUGAGGCCGUCUGGUCGCCAUCUCCGAAACCGUCAGAGCAGCGAGUUGCAGUUUCACAGCCUCAAAUACAGUUCCAAACUCAUCCACAGGCCCAGCCGCAGUCCCAGCCUCAUCCCCAGCCUCAUCCCCAGUCCCAGCCUCAUCCCCAGUCCCAGCCUCAUCCCCAGCCCCAGUCCCAGCCUCAUCCCCAGCCUCAUCCCCAGCCCCAGCCCCAGUCCCAGCCUCAUCCCCAGCCCCACUCCCAUCCCCAGCCUAACGCCAGAGUGCUCCCCACCCCAUCCGAGCUAGUGGAGAGACCAUGGGAGGCCAUAAAGCCAGUUCAGCCCCGCGCGGAGCCUGUGACCCACGCCCAUGGGCCCACGCCGCCAGCGCCUCCCAUCCGCUCCAUUGAGAGCAAAUUGGCAACUGCCGCCCUCAGCCACACAGAGGCCGCCAACCCCGCCAUCUUCCAAAACAUCCUGACAGAGGCCUCCACGCCUGAGGCCCUCGCCCAUCCUCACCCUCCCCCGCGUAAGUCUUCCACCCAGCAGUCAGCCUACCUGUACCACACCAAGGGAGAGGCCGCCUUACUGGAACCUCCCGGGGAGGCCUACUACCACCAACGGGCCAUUCCCGUGGGGCAGCCUUCGUACCACUACCGGCCAGACAGUGUUCCCCCACACCUCUCCUACGCGUCAAAGUCGGAGCCCCAGAUACCUUACCGUGCCCGCACGGACCACCGCUACAACACCAUAGCUCACCCCAGGUCCUGCCACCAGUCAAUGAAGCAUCACGGGCCUCCCAGGGGUGGCGAGUAUAUAUCACCCAGCCCGGGACACCACGGCUAUGGACCCAUGGAGGGAGCUCCGGUCUACCCCACUAUCCGUAGGGUGCACUCGCUCCACGUGCCCUCGGCAAUCCGCUCGGUGCCCAUCCAGCGGACCGAGGUGCCUCCCGACGACGAGCUCUUCUACUACCAGCGGCCCGUCUACCAGUGCAAUACCUACCAGCAGCCGCCGCAACAGUCCUCGCAGGCUGACUACCACGUCACCCAACUCCAGCCUUACUUUGAGAAUGGCCGGGUGCAGUACCGUUACAGCCCCUAUUCGCCUGGCGCCAACCCGCUGGACGCCCCUUACUACGACGUGGACCCCUACGAGACCAUCCGGCUGAGGCACUUCCACUCGUUCAGCAGUCGGGACCUGGGCCUCAGCCGGUCGGGGGGCAAGGCGGGCGGCUACCACUACCUGUCCCGCCACAUCCCCCCGCCGGGGAAGGAGCACAGCUUUGUCAGCAGAGACAUGCCCCCGGGCCAUGGCUCAAAGGGAGCCGCCGUCUACUUCGCAUGGAACCCAGAGGACUCUGAAAGGCUCCGGAUGCACUCCAUCCACAGAGAGAGCCGGGCCAGGCAGAAGGUCAAGGGACCUGUCAUGUCUCAGUAUGACAACGUGGGCCUGUUCAUGCCUGGCGACCUGGGAGCAUACGAAACCCUACACCUGCGCAGUAAGUCGGACCCCGGCAAAGCCAUGCUGAUGACUGUCGAGGGUAAAGACGGGCGCUACGGAGUACCGCCGGGCUCCCAGCACGCUCCCCGACACCUUGUGUCUGACCCUGACGUCCUCAUGUACAUGGAGACGGAGAAGCACUGUCAGGGAAAUGGCACCGGGGACAAACAUAGCAACUCCAGGACCUGCCAGGUCUCCCACUCGCACCAAGCCCAACACCCACCCCGUUACCAGGCCCAUCAGCAGGACCCCGGGGACGGAGCUCGGAGCUUCCAACCUCACUACGAACAGCUCGAUCCAGACCGCCACCAGAACAGGUCCAAAAUCCCCGGUUGUUACCAGGACAAUGAUGACCACCAACACCAGUCGGCCUCCGUCAAAGCGCAGGCCCCUCCCAAGCCCGAGCGGUCGCACAGCGUCCGAGAGCGCCAGCAGCAGCACUAUAGCCAAGCUGCCACUUCCGAACAAGACAGAGACCACUCAUACCAGCCCCACGGUGGGCAGCAGAGACACAGCACCAUGGCGAUACAGUCCCACUACGACAACCUGGAUGAUUACCACCCAGCAGCAAUACCUCAGCCACAGGCCCCCAUGCCAAACCCCCACGGGGUCUCCUCUGCUUCUUUCCCCACCAACCCUGGCUUCACGGGAAGCCACAGCAACCGAGCGUACUCCACUGCCUUGGGCCAGGGCGCCUUCAUCCCAGCGGAACUGGCCCUGCAGAGGCCCGAUACAGAAAUACACGCUGAAUGAAGAAGAGACUUGUAAAAGAAAAUGUGCAGGUUUUAGUAAGCAAUGAAGUGACUCAGCUGGAGAUUAAAAUGUUCCACAGCCUCUGCAGGACAGUGGACUGUCGUCAGAACCUUUCUCAUUAUUUUUCUCUAUAUUUUUGAUGAAUUGUAAAGGAAAAUAAGAUACUUUUUAGAGAAUGUACCAUACUUUCUUCAAUUGUUCUAAGAAGCCACGCGGUCGUAACUCAUUGAAAUGGUGGAUGAUCAUAGAAAUGUAUAUGAUAUAAGCGAAAGGUCCAAGAAACCAGAAAAUGUGUACAAAGAACUACUACUGGUAAAAAGGGAUUUGUUUUAUUUUUGUUUCCAGUUUUGUUUUGACUGGGGAGAUAUGAGCAUAACAGGGAUGAAGGUUUGCAUUUUAGAAAUGCAUGUUAUCUCUCGUUUACCAUUGAUAUCCUUUGUGUACUUUCUGGAUGUUUCAGUACAAGUUCUCGAGGGAGGAAAUCUGUGUAAGUCAUCGUGCCCUCCCUCCUGUUUUUGUAUACAUAAGGCGUUACAGUAUGUUCACUUUCAGUCUUCAAUAAUCUCGGAUUUGGGGUUGGGGCCCAGCAGUACAAAGUGCGUUCUAGAACUAGACAGGGUACUUUCACCUGGUACUGUACAUUAAAUUAUGUUAAUAUUUUAUUUGCUCUGUGAUUGUGUUUUUGCUAUAAAACGGAGUGAAUUGAAUUAUAAUGGAAUGUUUUGGAACCGAGAUUUGUUCUUCAUUGCAAGAGGGACCAAACAUUGAGUAUUUUUGGCCAUGAAAGCAUUCCUGCACAUGUAUGGGUUGAUGACCGGGUGUGAGAAUGACAACAUUACCUUGGGAGGUGUAACAGAGUAAUUCUUAAAAUGUUUAGUUAUAGUCUUGUUUUUUUCUGCCAAUUUCAAAGGACUUGAAUGGACUGGACAACUUAAUAAAAUUAUAAAAACUGAUAUUGUACAACACUUCACACAAAUGCUUGGUCAGCCCUUGAGCAGGUUGAAUUCACUCCAGCAAAUACAUUUUGAAAUAAAUGUACAUACUAAUUUUCAUAGUAUGUGAAAAAGAGAAGUAAACCAUAAUUUAAUUUGAAUGGACAAAUGUUUGGGACCAUUUAAGAAAAUGUGGAUGAACUUUUAUGGAAUCAACUGUCUGCUUUCAGUGCAAUUAGUCAGUGAAAUUGGCAGAGGAUUCAGAUUCAUCUCACUCAAUUUCAAAUGCGGGUCAUAUUUGCAUUUGAAAACCUUGACUAUAUUUCAGUUGUAACGCCCAUUGGCUUGUGAAGGUACUGUUCUAUUUUGCCUUAUGGUCCCUAACUGUUUAAACGGAAUACUCCCAGAUGUCCCUCCUUUGUUGUGGGGCACAGUAUGUGGCUAAAUAACCACCUAGUUGUGUUUGAAUGUAAAAACAUCUCUUGUCUCAGUAACUGGAGAGUUAUGCUGUUGGAUAUAACAAAUAAAAUUAUUCAGGAAAUAACAAUGAAAAUGUCUGUCAGUGGGUUCUUUUG